AUGCGGUGCUGGUCGGCGGUACUCGGGCUCCUGCUCCUCCGGCUCGGGCUGCAGGCUCUGCGGGGUUACAUGUCCACCGGGCUGGUGCGAGGGGCGGUCGAGGGGGCCAUAAGGCCGGUGUGCCGCUCAUCGUACGGCCACUUCCACCUGGCGGAUGAUGAGUACGGACGGAGGUACAGCAGCUUCCCCGCCGCCCUGCGGCGUCACAUGAGGGAGAGAGCCCGAGACAUGUUCAGCUUCGCCUAUGACAACUACAUGAUGUACGCCUUCCCCGAGGACGAGCUCAACCCAAUCCUGUGCCGGGGGCGGGGCCCGGACACCAUGGACCCUUCAAACCUCAACAUCAACGACGUCCUGGGGAACUAUUCGCUCACCCUGGUUGACGCGCUGGACACAUUGGUGGUUAUGGGGAAUUCCUCAGAGUUUCAGAAAGCUGUCCGUCUGGUGAUUGAUACCGUGUCUUUCGAUAAAGACUCCACAGUGCAGGUGUUUGAAGCGACUAUUCGGAUUAUGGGAAGUCUUCUGUCCGCGCACAUCAUCCUGACAGACAGCAAACAGCCGUUCGGAAAUAUGACAGUCAGCGGUUAUGAUAACGAGCUCCUCCACAUGGCCCACGACCUUGCCGUCAGGCUCCUUCCUGCCUUCGAGAACACCAAAACCGGCAUGCCUUAUCCACGGGUAAAUCUGCAGAAAGGAGUCCCACCCGGCAGCCUGAACGAGACCUGCACCGCCGGAGCCGGUUCUCUUCUGGUCGAGUUUGGCAUCCUGAGCCGGCUUCUGGGAGACUCCACGUUUGAAUGGGUGGCUCGCCGAGCUGUGCAGUCUCUCUGGAGUUUGCGCAGCAAUAGUACCGGGCUCCUAGGCAAUGUGGUGGACAUCCAGACCGGGGAGUGGGUUGGGAAGCAGAGCGGACUCGGCGCUGGUCUAGAUUCCUUCUUCGAGUACCUGCUGAAGUCCUACAUCUUGUUUGGGGAGGAGGAGGACCUGAACAUGUUUAACGAAGCAUAUAAAAGCAUCCAGAGCCACUUGCGGAGAGGGCGAGAAGCGUGCAAUGAAGGUGAGGGGGACCCGCCACUAUACGUCAACGUAAACAUGUUUAAUGGCCAGAUCAUGAACACGUGGAUCGACUCUCUGCAGGCAUUCUUCCCCGGCCUUCAGGUGUUAAAAGGGGACAUAGAGGACGCCAUCUGUCUGCACGCCUUUUACUAUGCAAUCUGGAAGAGAUUCGGCGCUCUGCCCGAGAGAUAUAAUUGGCAGCUGCAGACUCCUGAUGUCUCCUUCUACCCCCUGAGACCAGAGCUGGUGGAGUCCACCUACCUCCUAUAUCAGGCCACUAAAAAUCCCUUCUACCUUCAUGUGGGGAUGGACAUUCUCCUUAGUCUGGAGAAACACGCCAAAGCCAAAUGUGGUUAUGCAACCCUGCACCACGUGGUGGACAAGUCCCAGGAGGAUCGCAUGGAAAGCUUCUUCCUGAGCGAGACCUGCAAGUAUCUCUUCUUGCUCUUCGAUGAUGAAAAUCCAGUGCACACAAUGGGCAAUAAGUAUCUGUUUACCACCGAGGGGCACCUGCUCCCGCUGGACCCUCGUUUCAGGAACAAAGCCUGGAAGGACAUCUUCACCCCCGAGAAAAAAGUGAACAAAGCACCGAGCAGUUCCCAGAAACUGUCCCAGACCAAAGUACGAGCCGCGAACUCCAGCACCAAUUGUUACAGAGUCCCCGAAGAACGGCGGUACUCCCUCCCACUGAAGAGCGUCUACAUGCGACAGAUCGAUCAGAUGGUCGGGCUCCUAUAGCGCCAGCGACUUGUACAACAAACUAGCCGAGCUCCCAGGGCUCCCGGGGGCCAUUCAGAUGG